AUGGAGGCCAACUCCCACGCUCCGGACAGCUGCACCGUCACCACCGCCGCCUCCGCCGCCGCCACCACCGAUCCUCCCGCGGCCCCUCCCGCCCUGGGCGAUCCUCAAGCCGAGCUGUCGGCCGCCUCGCAAGAGCGCCUCCCCGUCGAGUCCUUUUCCCAGCCCCCGAGCAAGCGCCCCCGGGCCGAUCCCGCCGGAACGCCGGACCCCACCGACCCCCCAGCCAUGCCCCCCCCGCAGCAUCACUCCCAGAGCGAGGAUGAGGACACCCUGAGCCGGCAGCAGGCCGAUCUCCUUUCCUCCAUCGAGGCCGAGCUGACCACCAAAUCCUUCAAUGCUUGGUUCUACUCCCUCUUCGAGAACGACAGGGCCAAUCUCCGGCACAUGGUUCAGACCUUCAAGCUCCCCCAGGCCAUCGUCGCCAUUCCCCCGAGCAGCAUCUACUCCUACUUCCGCUCGCUGAUCGUGGAUAUCAUCCCCCGGCGCCCGUCCGUCGUGGCUGUGCCCGACCUGGAUGCCGUGGUGGACAUCAUCCGCCGGGCUCGGCGCAUUUGCGUCCUCACCGGGGCCGGGAUUUCCGUCAGCUCCGGCAUCCCGGACUUCCGGAGCUCCGGUGGCGUGUACAGCCUGGUGGGAGACCGCUAUCCGGACCUCCCGACCCCGGAGGCCAUUUUCGACCUGAACUACUUCCGCACCAACCCCGGGCCAUUCUUCGCCUUCGCGUCGGAAAUGUUCCCCGGCAUGACCAAGUACCAUCCCACCCCGACGCACUACUUCAUCCGACUGCUGCAGGACCACGGCCAACUUGAGCGCAACUACGCCCAGAACAUCGACGGUCUGGAGCUCGAGGCCGGCAUCACCAAGCUCGUCCAGUGUCAUGGCUCCUUUGCCACGGCCACCUGCCAGCUGUGUGCGCGGAAGUACCAAGCCGAUGACAUCCGCGAGGCUGUCAUGGCUCACAUCAUCCCCCGGUGCGAAUGCGACCCCGAGAACAGUGUCAUCAAGCCUGACAUCAUUUUCUUCUCCGAGAGCCUGCCGUCCACUUUCGACGACGCCAUCAACCAGGACUCCGAUCACAUUGAUGCCAUGAUUGUCAUCGGCACCUCGCUGCAGGUGUCUCCAGUGUCUCUGGUUCCCUCCCUCCUCCCGCGCGGUGUCCCCCGGAUCCUGAUCAACCGUGAGUUGGUCUCCACGGCUACCUUCGAUGCCGAGAUCCUGGGCGAUUGUGACAAGGUCAUCGUCGAGCUCUGCCGUCGCCUUGGCUGGCUGGACAAGCUGAAGGCCCUUUGUGCGGCCGAUGGCACCAAUCUCGACAAGGUUAUGAUCAACUCCGAGACCGACAUCGACACCAUCAAGCCCGGCCUCUUCCGCUUUGUCCACCGGUCGGCCGGCGAAGCCGAGCCAACCGGGCCGCUGCCUCGCGUGUCUCGCCGGGCACACUACAGCUCCUCCUCGGAAGAUGAGGACCAGGGUGAGGAGGACAACUACUCGGACGACGAGGGCCUCGGGUCGGACGAGCUGGCCGGUCUUGGAGCCGGCAGCGCUGACGAGGGCAGCGACGACGGCGACGACGAUGACGCCAUGAACGCCUAUCUGGCCAUGCGCCGGCAGCAGCUGGAGGCCGAGCGCGCCGCCGCCGCCACUGUGACCGCCUCCUCCCUCAGUCAGCCGGUGGAUGAUGAGGAGGGUGAUGAUGAGGACGAUGAAGAGGGCGAGGACUAUGAUGCGGUGCUCUCUUCGCACAAGGCUCGCGCGGCGCUGGACUCCGUGGCCGCCGAGCUGGCCGAUGCCACCUCCAGUCAAUGA